AUGGCCACAUUGGGGAAACCAGAAAACAAGCUGAACACCAUCUUAAAUAGGAAACUGGAAAGAGUGGUGUUUAACUGCAGCUGCAAUAUCCGUUGGAUCCAGCUGUGGCAGCAGCGAGGCGAAGCCGGACUCCAUAACCAGCAGCUGUUCUGCAACGGAGUCUCCAAGAUCCCUCUACAGUUCAUGAACAUCUCAAACUGUGAUUUGCCGGAAAUCAGUGUAAGUCACAGUAACCUGACGGUGAUAGAGGGUGACAGGGUCACAAUCACCUGUAAUGGGUCAGGAGUGCCGGUACCGGAAGUGGACUGGACUGUUGGCGGACUUCACUCCAUUAACACACACCAAUCCAAUCAAUAUCCACCCAAUGUCCACUCCAUCAACUUAACUCUGGUCAACGUCAGCAGAGAUGAUAACAGCUUCAUGCUGACCUGCAUUGCAGAGAAUGUAGUUGGGAUGACUAAUGCCUCAAUACAGCUUUCAGUACAGUUCCCCCCUGUUAUCAUCAAGUUUGAGGAGCCGCAGAAGUGGCACGACACGUGUAUGAUCUUCACGGUGCGUGCAAACCCUCUGCCCACCCUGCGCUGGUACUAUAAGGGUGAGGAGAUCAAGCCGACUGAUUACGUCCAUCCAGAGAUGGAUGAAUACCAGGACAAUCUAGAGGGAUGCCUCAUGUUCAAAAACCCCACACACCACAACAAUGGCAAUUACACGUUGGAGGCCAGCAACUUCCUGGGCGUGGCCGUCAAAACUGUGUACGCCCACUUCCUACAGCCACCGUUUGAUGACUACCCAGAUUAUGUGAGUCCAACUCCGACGGCUAUGACACAGCGGCCUGAAGAGGACACGUUUGGAGUGUCGAUUGCAGUUGGCUUGGCUGGCUUCGCAUGCGUUCUCCUUCUCGUUAUGUUUGUGCUAAUCAACAAAUAUGGCAGACGUUCAAAGUUUGGCAUGAAAGGUAAGCCAAUGUAAACUAUUCAGCAGGAAACUUGGCACAUUACGUUAUUAGUGA